AUGUCCAGUGUUGAUGCCGGGAUUCAAGCCAUCUUUGGACCACCACCUGAAGGUAUUGAUCUCAAAGCUUCGGUCACUCUAGGUUACGAUGUCGUCUCUUGUGUUGUUCUAGGGCUGGCACUUGCGGCUGUGGCUUUGCGCUUCCACAUUCGCCUGAUGUACAGCUCGCAGUCGAGAAAUCUUGGUAUUGACGACUACACAAUUCUCCUCGGCCUGGUAUGUACUGGCGCUUUGGUUGCAACGACAAUUAUUGCUGGUGAGUAUGGGUCAGGGACACACGUGUGGACAACGAACGUCCAUAGGCUCAUGACGCUAUUGAAGGUCGUCUAUGCCGAACCAUGGGUCUAUGCAGCUUCCGUCACGUCAACCAAAGUCAGCAUUCUCCUGCUCUACCGACGCCUCUUCUAUGUAACGAGCAGUCGCGAAGUCUCGGCUGAUCGUACGUUCUACAUCAUGCUCUGGGUCGCCAUAGUCUUCACGGCUUCAUACCCUCUCAUCAUGUGGACUGUCAUGGCGGUGGCCUGUCGACCUGUCAGCUUCUUCUGGAGACGAUACGCUGGAGCCUCAGAUGGUGUAUGCAUUGAUGUGCUGAGCUUCUUUCUCGCCUUCGGCAUUGUCAACAUGAUCAACGACUUGAUUGUACUAGCUGUUCCCAUUCCACGUAUCCUGAAGCUACGCACAAGCAACAGAGAAAAGAUCUCGAUCAUGGGCAUCUUGUUGCUCGGAAGCUUUGUCUGCGUGGCCAGCGGAGUUCGCAUCUACUACCUUACGAGACUCAUGCGGGAAGUCGACGUCACAAUGAUUCUCGGUCCAGCAUUCGGAUGGUCCAGCCUCGAGCCAUCCAUCGCCAUCAUUUCCGCCUGUCUCCCCACCUUCGCACCCCUCUUUCGCGGUCUUCGCAAGAGAAGCGCCUCCAAGCUCGGCAAAAGCGGACAAGGCAGUCACUCGAGCUAUCUUCGAAGCGGACGCGGUGGACAUAUACCUCUCCAAGAUUGCAGUCAGAGCACGCUGGACAACAAGUAUGGACGGACGAACGUACGGAUCGUGCACGAGGACAGCGACAUGAGCAAGCAGGACAGUUUUGAUCAGGGGCAUGGACGCAUCAUGGCACGUCGUGACAGCACUCUGCUUCGCGACAUGAUUACCGUAGACACGGAUAUUGAGGUUGUGACAACGGACAAGAGGGUCGAAAGAGGGUUUGCCUAG